AAUCGAACCAUAACGCAAUUUUCGGAGACAAGAGACACCGAGACGCAAUCACGCAAAUUUAAUCAAGAUAUCGUUUUGAUCAAUUUUACCUCUCAAUAGUGACAAUGAUUUCAAUCGUCGAAGCACCCGUAAACUCAGGCCAGCCCAAGCCCGAUGUGAGCACGGGAGCAGAAAUGUUGUGGAAGAAACUGGCGCCCUAUGUUAGGGAAACAGACCAGAAGAACCACGUGGUCCUCGACAUCGCCAUGUCAGAUGAUCUACCAAGAACGGGGACGGAUGUACCCAAGUCCAUGGCGCCAAUGAUGAACGUCAGGAAGAACGGCGACGACAACAAAAAGAUUUCCAAUGCUGUCCUCGAAGAGUUGUCCAAAAAUUCCUUGUGCCUGACGCUGGGCGGUGACCACAGCUUCGCGAUUGGUUCCGUGUACGGCCACUCAGUCCACGCGUCAGAACACGGCGCUGAGGUAGUCAUCCUGUGGAUCGACGCCCAUGCCGAUAUCAACACUCCCGCGGUGAGCCCCUCUGGGAACAUCCAUGGCAUGCCCCUAGCUUUCAACGCCAAGGAACUCGUGGACCUUAUGCCCAACAAAAUCCCUGGCUUCGAAUGGCUGAAGCACCCAAGGAUCAACUUGAGGAACUUGGCUUAUAUCGGGCUACGUGACGUUGACGAGGGCGAGAAGGCGUUUCUCAAGUCUUACAACAUCAAGUCCUACUACGCGGAGGAUGUCCGUGCGGUGGGCAUAGAAGAGGCGGUCAAGGACUGCUUGGCCUACCUCAACCCUGGCCCCAAACGCAGCCUUCAUCUGAGCUACGACAUCGACGCAAUGGACCCCAGCAUUGCCCCCUCCACAGGCACGGUGGUCCCUGAUGGUCUCACCAUGACCGAUGGUAUUCACAUCAUGGAGGAAUGCAAGAAGACAGGUCAUCUUGACGUGAUCGACAUGGCCGAGGUAAACCCAGGCCUGGGUACCGAAGAUGACGCCCGUAUCACCGUGGACACCGCCACCAAGCUUCUCUUGGUUGGAGCUGGUCUCUGCACCAAGGAGGAUAUGUUGAAGAGGAUCAAAAACUAGACGAUUUGCAGUUUGAAUAACUUUAAACAUUACGUCCUGAUCCGACCUGCAUUUAGAGACUGUUAAAACCUAUUGGUAAAUUUGUGUAGGAUUGCAAACAUUUCUGAAUAUCCUGAAAAUUGUAACCUAAAAAAGGCGUUCAGCGCGUUUAAUAUUUAAAAUUUUCGUCAAUCACAAAGAAUUGUUCGAAAUGAUAACUAUACAGAACCGAAUGGUUCAUUUUUGGUGAUGUGAGUUCUUUUGAAAUGUGUUCGAUUCUGUGAUUCUGGACUACCAAUUACAGAAGGUGAAGGGAUACUAAUGAUUGUGUCAAUUUAUAGGAAUCCGAGUCAAUCUAUAUAUCCAUAGGACACAUACGACUGAGGGUUGGAUUUUCAGAAGGUUCAAAGCUUUCCCUUUUUUAAAAAGGCAGUUACGGUAGUCACACACCUGUAGAACCGAUAGCCAUUGGAUAGGAGACGAUUUAUCUUCUAAAACAAAUUAACAGAACCAGAGUUCUCAUUUUCACAAUUUCUUAAUAACACUAGUACAACUCCUUGGCCAAACUUUAUCUUCUGAAAGCCCCCUAUUGUCAGAAUUUGGUAUCAAAUUUGCUAGAGAAGAUCCUGUAGUAUUGUUUCCACAUUCUAAGUCUUUAUCAAUGCUUGAUAUGAUACAACACAUAUUUUAAAAAUUACCUUGCGGGAGAAAAAAAUACCUUGCGGGGAACUGACUGCUAAACGCGCACUGGUAGGGACUGCCAAAUGGUAUGUGUUUGAUCAACCUUUGUCUUAUGAACAAGUCCUCACAUGCAUUACAUGAGCAUGAAAAGCAAUUUUUCUCAUCAUUGCUUAAUGUUUUUUUUGACUUGCAUUUGUUCUUCAUUGGCAGCUAUGACAUUUGUGAAUAUCGAUGAAGUUAAUUCAUAUAUGUCUAAUAGUUAUUGAAUUUAUAUUGUAGUAUAGCCACUAAAACAUUUAACUUUAGGACAAAGUUGCAGAGCAAUGCAAAUUAACUUGAGCAGCCUUGUCACACACCAACAUGUACAUUUAUAUGCAUCAUACAUAUAUAUUUGUCAUUUAAUUAUUAUGAAUUUCAUAUAAAAUGUAAUACAUUUUGUACUGUAGUACUGUAUUCAAUGGCUUGCUACCAAUUUGUCUUAUAACCGUAUGAUACAUUAUAUGCUAAGAGCUUCAAUUUGUUUCUUAUUUAAACCGUAUUAUACUUUGCUAAGAGUUUAGAUUUGUGUCUUAUUACCGUAUGAUACAUUGCUAAGAGCUUCAAUUCGUGUCUUAUUACCGUAAGAUACAUUGCUAAGAGUUUAAAUUUGUGUCUUAUUACCGUAUGAUACAUUGCUAAGAGCUUCAAUUCGUGUCUUAUUACCGUAUGAUACAUUGCUAAGAGUUUAAAUUUGUGUGUUAUCACCGUAUGAUACAUUGCUAAGAGCUUCAAUUUGUGUCUUAUUACCGUAUGAUACAUUGCUAAGAGCUUCAAUUUGUGUCUUAUUACCGUAUGAUACAUUGCUAAGAGUUUAAAUUUGUGUGUUAUCACCGUAUGAUACAUUGCUAAGAGUUUAAAUUUGUGUGUUAUCACCGUAUGAUACAUUGCUAAGAGCUUCAAUUUGUGUCUUAUUACCGUAUGAUACAUUGCUUAGAGCUUCUAUUGGCUACUGCCACUCAUAAGUUUGUAAAUAUAACAUUACGUGUACUUGUAUAUUGUAUAUGAUUAUAAAUGAAAAAAAAUUGAUAGAAAUGCGCUCUGUGGGUCUCUAUGCUAAUGUUGGUUAAUGAAUACAUGCAUUAUAAUCAAUGAAUAUAUGCAUUAUAAUUAAUGAGUAGGCCUAUAUGCAUUAUAAUGAACUUAGUUCUCCCAUUGGGAGUGUUCUAACCAGGUGUGGGGCGAGGAGCCCUGCUUUUCGGACAAUUGGCUUGAAUGAAUUAUGUAAAUACAUGCAUUAGAUUUUCAAUAUAUUUUUUCAUAAAUCCAUAUAAAUUUUCUAUUUUAGAGCUUUUAAGGCGUCAUAUCGGGCGUAAUGAGAACUAUUUUUUACUCUGUAUCAUUAUGAAAAUUAUUUCAAAGUAAAGAAAUUGAACUUAUGAAUCUUGUUAACAAGUCCUCAAACACUUAAUACAUUUAAGCGUUCUUUUCGGUUGUGGCAAUAGUAAGAUUGUCACCAUCUUGUCACGUGACCACAAUCAUCAGAUUUUUUAUGCAGAUAUCUAAACCCAUACAUAGAUGACAACCAGUCUUGCUUUCGCCACAUCUUGGAAGGACAGUUCAAAUAUCAAACUCGCAAAGUGCUGAAAUUUAAAAAUUGUAAGGAACCAGUGACAAGUUUGUUCAAAUAUAGUUGUCGAAGCCUAGUUAUGUUUGUUAUUAUUCUAAACAUAUACUCAUGUAUACCCACGUAUAGUGCUAUCACCGGUGCUUUUUAAUAAAAUUACGCAAAACAGA